AUGGAGCCAUCGAAAGUAGAGUCAUAUGAUCCCAAAUGGCGCAAUGUGCAUCUUCGAUCGAUUUACAAGGAAGCGGAGGAAUAUGAUGUUGGUCCGUUGCUACGCAAGUGCAUUACAUUGUCAUCACUGCACAACCUACUUUUGGGCCAAGACCCCUUCGUUCCUAGUUGGAUUUCUGUUGAUGGCGAUACAAAAAACCCAGAAUUUUGGAUUGAGACCCUGACUGAAGUCUCUGCUCGUUCCAGGGAGUAUAUCUGUGCCAGCUCGGCCUCGUUUCAUGAUUUAUUGGAAGGGCGAUCUCAGGAACUUUGCACAUCGCAUGCCCUCGCUCAUUUACGCAAGAACAUGAACCUUUACAGCCACUCCAACGGAACUCCAAAUGCCAAUGGGAAGCGGCCACGGAGCGAUACAAAUGGGCCGCCUUUAGGAAGCCCUCAACCCACCGGUUCAUCUCCAAAAAUCCUGCAGAAGCCAAAGCUCACACUUAAGAAGUGGCUGGAGAUAUGUAACGGAUCAAGGACGAGCUGGAAAGAUAUCCAUGCCGAAUGGAACCAGAUGAUUCUCCGAUCCAAGUCAGCAAAGAUCAAAUCCUGGGAUAACCUUGAGAGGAACUGGGAACCUCAGGGGCUUACGCUGUCACUAGGAUACUUCACUGAUAUAACCAUAAAACUUGCUCGGAAAUGCAGCUCGUUGAUUUCCGAGCUUUCGAGGGGACGAAUAGGAUCCAAUAACGCACCUCCUCCAAGCUAUAUCCCACUUGUUCGCGGGCUUGACAACCUAUGGCCAGCAGCUAAGAAUACCGAGUUCGAACGCUGCAUCCAGGAAGUUGUUCACGGCAAUUUCAGGCCUCAGGCGACCGCACAACUACUGGGAUACAUACUCGAACUGGCACGGAUAAUAAAGGGGUCUACGAUAACCGUGCCGCGAAAAUCCCAACAAGCCGAACUCAAAAAUGCAGAAGCCCUAAGUCGCCGGCAAGCCCGCCAAUUCAAAGAGGAACAGCUGGAGAAGGACAUCAAGAAAAGGGAGGAGUUGUGCCGCCAGGCGGAAGAGGAUUUUGGACGAGACACCUUGGCCCUCGACGAUGAACGUGCCUCGGUUGAUAUGGUUUCAGCAAAACUCAGAGAAGCGCAAGCAAUGUGCGAUGAAAGGGAGAGUACAUUGGCAGCGAAUGAAGCAUUUUGUGCAGAUAGAGAGGAUGCAUUGGCAGCGAAGGAAGCAUCUUGUGCAAAGAGAGAAAGUGCAUUGAUGGUGAAAGAGGUGUCUUGGACAGCGAGAAAUGGUACGCUGGCGGUGAAGGAAGCGUCUUAUGAAGUACGACAGGGUACACUGGCAGCGAAUGAAGCAUCUUACGCAAAGAGACUGCGCGUAUUGGCGACGAAGGAAACGACAUUCACAGAGAGAUGGGAUCGCACAGCAAAGGCAGAACUUGAGCUUCGAAAGAAGUUGGAGACCUAUGAAGCAAACCAAAAAUUACUUCUCGAGGGACAAAGCCGUACAAAGAACGGUGAUGACAGCCAUGCUAGAGACAAGGCUGCGAUGGCGAAGCGAGAAACCGCAAACAUGAGAAGGGAGAAGAAUCUUGCGGAGAGAGAGCAAAGAUUGGAUGCUCAAGAAAAGAACAUAAUGUCACAUCGGGCGUGGAUAUCCAUGAAGGGGAAUGCAGCAACUGACCGUGAAAAGGAGUGUGCCACCAAGGAAGCGGAGUUCAAAGAAAGGGAGGAGCGUUAUGCGAGGGGCAGGCGACAGUAG